CAGGGCCCUGCAGGACAGCUGAUGCUUUCAGGCAGGAAGCUCUUGCAGAUAAGGCUGCAGCCUCAAGCAGAUUCGCUGGGCUAUCUGACAGCCCAGUCGGGUUCCUUCUGAGUUGGACUGCAGCUGCUCUCUGUAAAUAACAGCCAUGAGGCUCCUUGGAGCAGUAUCUCAGCGAGCCGGUGACCAUCAGGACAGUCCCUUCGCCUAGUGUGCGUCCAGAAGUCAGUGUCCUGCCUGCACUCAUGAUGACGAGGGACCCAGCUCUUGCAGGCAUGCUGAUUAGCCUGGCUUUCCUGUCACUGCUGCCAUCUGGAUGUCCUCAACAGACCACAGAGGACGCCUGCUCUGUGCAGAUUCUUGUCCCAGGCCUCAAAGGGGAUGCAGGAGAAAAGGGAGAAAAAGGAGCCCCAGGACGGCCAGGAAGAGUCGGCCCAACAGGAGAAAAAGGAGACAUGGGGGACAAAGGACAGAAAGGCACUGUGGGCCGCCAUGGAAAAGUUGGUCCCAUUGGCACUAAAGGUGAAAAAGGAGAUUCUGGUGACAUUGGACCGCCCGGUCCCAGUGGAGAACCUGGAAUCCCAUGUGAGUGCAGCCAGCUGAGGAAGGCUAUUGGGGAGAUGGACAACCAGGUCACUCAACUGACAACUGAGCUAAGAUUCAUAAAAAAUGCACUGCCCUCCCCUGCAGCUGUUGCUGGCGUGCGUGAGACUGAGAGCAAGAUCUACCUGCUGGUGAAGGAGGAGAAGCGCUAUUCGGAUGCCCAGCUGUCCUGUCAAGGCCGGGGAGGCACACUGAGCAUGCCCAAAGAUGAGGCAGCCAACGGCCUGAUGGCUUCGUACCUGGCACAGGCCGGCCUGGCCCGUGUCUUCAUUGGCAUCAAUGACCUGGAGAGAGAAGGUGCCUUCGUGUACUCGGACCGCUCCCCGAUGCAGACCUUCAACAAAUGGCGCAGUGGAGAGCCCAACAAUGCAUAUGACGAGGAGGACUGUGUGGAGAUGGUGGCCUCAGGGGGCUGGAAUGACGUGGCUUGUCACAUUACCAUGUACUUCAUGUGUGAGUUUGACAAGGAGAACUUGUGAGUGCUGAUAGGCUGUAGCUCAGGGGAGACAGCCAUCUGAACCCCACCCUUUAUAGACAAACCAGCGGCCACAGGCUACCCCUGAGCACCAGUCGCCAUGUCUGUCAUGUCUGCCGGUUCCUUUCCACACGGAAGUGCAGAGCCUCGUUGAUGAAGGGCUGUUUGAACCGCAGGAGGGAAGAAACCUUGUUUCCGGGAGCUGCUCUGAAGGUGAAGUUUUAUCAUCUGUGAAGAGAGAUUCGUUCAUUUUCAAUCACCACCCAGAAGGAUGCUGUGAAGCUCCUGCCUUGGUCCAGGUGCAAGACAUAGUAAAUGUUGCAGCAAUUUUGUAUACAAACAGUGGCCAUGAGGGCAGGAGCUGCCGCCCACCCUUUAAACUACACAACAAGUACUCACGUGCUGGUGACAUGUUUCUGUGUGUUACUCUAUCACCUAGGUUCUUUUCACUAUUAUCCAGGUAGGAACUCUGUCACUCUGCUUCAAACCUGUAUUUCAGGAAUACAAAUAAAUUCUCCCAAUUUA